AUGAUGCGGGACGACUUGGGUGAGGGUAGGCCCAGUGGGGGGAUCCGGCCGGACCUGAAGAAAGGUGUGGGCCGACACAGUGGCGGCUUAUAUCCGAGAGGGGUGACAUGGGCAUGGGGAUGGGAUUGGUGGGGUUGGGGGGUUGGGAGCGGGGGUGAGUAUGAAACCGGACGGUGUGCUGGUCAUGUGUUACAAAUAACACGGGUGGUGGCGGUUGCAAAUGCCAAUGCUUAUCAAGUGCUGGAAUUGUACAUGCUGGAGGGGCUAUCCAGGUGGAACAUGGCUCGGGCCAAGGAGGCAGUAGCUGUGGAGGGGGCCUCGGCUCUGCGGAGCUUUGACGUCCGCCUGAUGUCCCACCUUAACAGCCUGAGCCAGCGUGUCCUUGGUUGUGCUCUAGUGCCAGAGUUUACCCCUCCUGGGAAACCCACUGACGAGCGCACGGCGGUGGAGUAUUUAUUGGGCCAGACCAACAGAGGGGACCUGCUUGCUCCUGCACCUGCCCCUGAAAACCCCUCACAGACCAGCCAAUGUGACUCCAGAGGUGUUGUGGGAUGGGAGAGUGUGGACGCCCUGGCAGCCUAUCUCGUUGGCCUGAACCGCACCACCACUGCUCUGUCAGCCAAGGAGGAGGCAGACAUAGUCCUGUUGCUGGAGCUGGAAGUGUCGGAGAGGGAGGAGCAGGAAGUGUCUGUUGUUGGCCGGAGCACAGGAAGAAUGGAGCGCUGGGAGUGGAGCCACAUCAUUAGCCCGUGCACACGCUGUGAACAGGACACGCUACGAUACAACCACACGGAGCCCACAACACGCCAACAACCACCUCCCCCGCACCGAGCCCACAACACGGCAACAACCACCUCCACCGCACUAAGCCCACAACACGCCAACAACCACCUCCACCGCACUAAGCCCACAACACGGCAACAACCACCUCCACCGCACGUAGCCACCAACACGGCAACAACCACCUCCACCGCACUAAGCCCACAACACGGCAACAACCACCUCCACCACACUAAGCCCACAACACGCCAACAACCACCUCCACCGCACCGAGCCCACAACACGCCAACAACCACCUCUACUGCACUGAGCCCACAACACGCCAACAACCACCUCCCCCGCACCGAGCCCACAACACGCCAACAACCACCUCUACCACACUAA